AUGGGCCCCAGCACCUGGCGUCAGGGCGGGGUCCCUCCCUCAUGGAGGUAUCGGAGGAGAAGUGCCCACACCGUCUCCAGGAUCAACCAUCAGGCGCUGGACUCCAGCUAUGGGCCAAAGACACUGCAUGGUCACCAUGCCCCAGGCCCCCUCUAUCACUUGCAGCUGACACGUGCUAGCCAGGUCAAGGAGAGGGUCACUGCCAGGGGUGCAUCAGGGAGUAGUGUGAGCCCCUCUGCCCUCUACCAUGAAGACCCUCCUGUGCUGAGGACCAUGGACAUGAGCUCCAACUCUGUGGCCCACCUCCUUCAGGCUCCUCCCCCUACAGCACUUCUGGGGCAUCCAGAGUGGCGGGAAACGGAUCUGUGGUCAGGUAAGGCGGCCAGCACGCGCCGCGCUCGCCGCGCGGGGCAGCUGGGCCGGGGCACAGGCCGCCUCGGCGGCUGCUCUCCCGGGAUCCAGAGCUCGACCCUGGGGGAAAAGCCCUGCGGCUACCGGACCCAAACUGCACGCGUGGUGGGUGGAGGCGACGCGGAGAUCAGGCGCUGGCCAUGGCAGGGGAGCCUGCGGUUUUGGGGUAUCCACCAGUGCGGAGCCAGCCUGCUCAGCCACCGUUGGGUGCUCACCGCAGCGCACUGUUUCAAAGACUCUGCUAAUCCCUUUGAUUGGUCAGUUCAGUUUGGUCAGCUGACUGCCAAUCCACCUUUAUGGAGCCUGGAGGCCUACUACAAUCGCUACUGGGUGUCACAUAUCUAUCUGAGCCCCAAAUACCUGUUGACUUCGCCCUAUGACAUCGCCAUGGUGAGGCUGUCAAAAGCAGCCGCCUACAGUAGUUCCGUCCGUCCCAUCUGUCUGCUGGCCUCCACAUCCGAGUUCCAGAACCGAACAGACUGCUGGGUGACCGGCUGGGGGGACAUCGAAGAAGAUGUAGAACUGCCACCUCCCUACACCCUCCAGGAAGUACAGGUUGCUAUCAUAAACAACAUAAUGUGCAACCACCUGUACCGACGACCCGACUUCCGCUUGGACAUCUGGGGAGACAUGAUUUGCGCUGGUGAUGCUCAGGGUGGCAAGGACGCCUGUUUGGGUGACUCAGGUGGACCCUUGGCCUGCAACAAGGGGGGACUGUGGUACCAGGUUGGAAUCGUGAGCUGGGGAGUGGGCUGUGGUCGGCCCAAUCGACCUGGUGUCUACACCAACGUCAGCCAGCACUUCGCCUGGAUCCAGAAGUUGAUGGCCCAUGGUGAGGUGCCUAGGCCAGACUCCUCUUUGUUUUUCCUCACUCUGCUCUGGGCAUCUGCCUUCCUGCAGCCCGCCUGA